GGCGGAGGCAGUCAGUGGCUCGCCGCGCGCCUCAACGACGCAUAGACGUCGGUGUCGACUUUUUCUACUUGCCGAGCGUGUCGUCCGACCAACGCGACGGCUCUUCCACUUUUCCUGCCGCCGGUGAUCGUCCGUGUUUGCCACGGCGCGAAGGAAGCCGUUCGCCGACGAGAACACGGCAAUCCACGGCAUCGGCGACCCGUCGCUUUUGCACCUGCCACUCGCGCGUUUCGUCGUUGGUGUCUCCUUUUUUGCGUGUGCACAUUUUUCUUCGAGUCGCGUCAUGUCGACGAAGAAUUCCCGUGCGACGACGAGACGUGAACGCUAAUCCGACGGGACGGGCUUCAGGGUGGAUGGCGCGUAUGUGUCUCGAACGAGCGCAGAAUCCCUAGCGAGGACCCCUCGGCCUUGAUGGAACGUCUCGUUCGAUCUUUCAGUUUUGUCGCGAUCGAACGGCGAUCUUUGCUCGUUGAGUGUGUUGAAAGGCGCUCUGACGUUGCGCUUCGUGAUCAGUGAAAAAGAUUGGAGAUUAAUAUGUAUCAUCGUGUGUGAAUUGUUUGUGCUGAUGCGUGCCGAGCGGACAUGUAACUCGAAUUUCUUGAGGGAAAUAGCGUCGCUCUCAUCGGGGAAACUCAUUCCCUGUGUGCAAAAAUCGAUACGGAAAAUUAAAGAGAAGUAGUUCUCGAUAGCCUCGUGGAUUCCAGCAAAGCGGUUCGUCGCAUCUCGAGGCUCGAUCCAAUCUCGAGACGACAAAUUAACGCAGUGAUGUUAGUGUGAGGAAAAGGGAGUGCUAGAGAGGAAUUUUUCUUAGUCGCGCGGCACCUGGAUAGCGAGCGAAAGGGCACCGAUUUCUCGUUGAUAAUUGGUGCACUUGGCUCGCGUGUAACGAGAGUAUCAAAAGAAAGGAGAAAAGGAGAAGUAUCAGCGGAAAUCUGAGGCUUACGGGGAGCAUUCUAAACGGGGGAAUAUCGAGACCGAGCCGGUGACUCGAAGAGAAAUAAAACCGGUCACUUAUCAAGCCUUCUUCGCGAAUGGUUUUUACCCCCAAAUCUUUCGAAACUGUUUUCCGUCUUUGGAAGAUCGUAUCGUCGUCGGACAUCAAUCCCGAAAGCACACUCGUGCGUGCGGACUGAAGCACUCGCAGGGAGGACUUGCGUCGAGUUCCAGUCCAAGGAACUUUAUUCAUGUGAAGAGAAAGAGAAAAUCGAUGUCAACGUAAUAUUCAACGGCAAAUAUCGGUAUUUGAGGAAGCACGGAAGAGUAGAGCUUCGUACGUUAAUCGAUUUUGAUCAAGAAGGUUCUGAAUAAACUACGGAAAAUAGAGAUCAUGUUCAAUAAAGACGCGCGCUGAGAAGGGGGAAAAAGAACGAGAGAACCUCUUCAUCUUGAGGUUCGUAUAAUUAAAACGCAAAGUUGAUUGCGGAAAGUUACGGUGAAAUUGAUAUUACCUACUUUCCGCCAUCGAAGCGAGGUCAUCGUUGAAGGCGAGCUGCUGGAGCUGCCGCGCGAAUGCGCGCCGACAGAUUGACAGGAGUGAACCCAUUCAGUCAGACUCAGACUCGACGGGAAUUGAUAACGAGCCGCUGCUUCACGCUCCAAGCAGUCACUCAACUCUACACGCUAACCUGCUGCCAUUCCAGGUUAAACCCUUCGACCGCGCGACCGCAAAAGCGGGGGAUCCACUUGGCCGAGUAUGUCCGAUAUCCCGCUACGAGAUUGUUGAACGAAUCUUUUUUCGCGACACAGAUUCCGCGACACUGCGGAAUCCUAAAAGGGGAACCGAUAGCCGGAUCGGAUAGCCGAUCGGAAAGCUACCCUUCGCUCGCAAACACCGCGUAAUCUCCCGGAGAGAGCGAGGGACCAGUCGGUCGCGGCUAUCGAGCGCUCGUCCACCCCAGCGUCUCACCGCAUCCCCUUUCCCAUGAUCAGGUCUGAACGCCGAGCGAAACUCACUGAUGCGUAAGGGGUGAGACAGCCGCGAGACGGGAAGUACUGUCCCGAUGGGACAGAAUCGUGUUUCCAGAGCGACACUCUCGGAAGAAGAACAUCAGCAGCAUCACGUAGCUCGAUGGGCCAGUCGGAGAAAUCCGCUGGAAGAAGGAACAGAGACGGCAGAAGUCGACAGGGACAUCAUUCGGGAGCGGAACUCGGUCGUUGAAAGUCGAGGGAGCGAAGCGUAGCCGCGGCUUCAGAAAACGGGAACGCAAUGAUCGGGAUAGUUUCUGGGAAAUAUGGAAGGAUCCGCGCUCUCGAUAACUCGGGGAUGCCUUUUGUACUUUUAUAGAAGUAUCGUUGUUGCGUCAAAGUGUGUGCCCGGGACCAGUCGCUUAGCUUUCUUUCUGUAUUGAGGCUGUAUCGAUCAUCCUCGUUCUACGCGUUGUCUCGAAAGAACUGGUGCCUUGGUUGAUUCCGCUCUGGUAUUUGCACAAGUCUGGAGCUCGGAGAACUCUUUCUUCGCUUCGCCUGGGAAAAGCGGAUUGUAAAUUAAGAAGCUCUCGCGUUCUCCCGAUAUCUUCUUUGUGAUUAUAUAAUCGCCGCUUGAUUGAUAACGUGUCUCAAAGAACGAGUAAGAGAAGUCGCGAGCAAACGGAGACGUCUGUGUCGGCUGCCUGACAUUUCAAUUCGCAGAAGGAUAGAAGAAGGGAACCAACUUUUCAUCGUUUGCAACCCUGUGAAUUGCCGAAGUAUUCGAUAUUUUCAGUUGACCUAGAACUUGAUAUUUCGGAGAGUUUAACAUAAAAUAAGAGCUAAUUCCUUCGCGUACAAAGAACGUAAAAUUCAUAACAAUCAAUUUGUUAUCUUUACACGAGUGCAGCGUUUCGUAGAGCAUCAAAUACAUCGCUCCGACACCUAUCAUCGAGCAGCCUUGAAGAAGAACGGUGCCUUGGUCAUCCGCUCAAUAUCCGGUCAUCUAUAAGUCGAGCUCCGUGCGUCUGAAAACUAAAAAAAGAAGCAGGAGAGAGAUCGAGAGAGAAGACUUUUGUAAUUUCUGUGACCGGUCUUACUAGAUAUCUUUUACCCGUAAUAGCGGGACAAGUUCAUCCUGAUGAAUCGCGUCGAUAAAGAUUGUAAAGUGCUGACCGGAGACUCGUGCUUCCGGCUAGAGAUAUCCGGCUAGAGGAAACGGGAAUCCUAAUUCCUACCAACUAAAUUGUCGACAAGACCGAUGAGACGUAACCGAGGUCAUCCCGGUUCGAUCCUCCGAUCGCCUCGGGACGAACAUCGAGCGGAAUUGUCCCACUAUAACGCAACGUUACAGUCGACGUUGCGACAACAGGAAUUCUGAAUCUAGGUCGAGGAAGAGGACGCCAGACGACAAAUAUCGGAAACUGCCGAUGGGAACAGAAGACCCUCUCUCGAGGAGCAGCCAAGUCUGACAAGUGAUACAUUAUUUAUACAAUUAUUGAUACUCAAUAGUACGAAAUUAGAGGCUUUAUCUUGGAGAUUUUAGCAACGUAAAACCGAGAACGAUCCACUGCCAAUGACACCCUAACAAUCCCGCGCGCCACGAAAUUGCGAGGGGAGAAUCAUAAAGCAGAUGUCGAUGGCGCAAUUUUGACGAGUCACCGGCGCGCUCGUGCGCUUUCUCAUGUUUGCUUAAUUAGUUUGCUAUUCCCGGGCACAAGUAGAUGCGCGUCGACAACUGGGGUGGAAGAGGGUGAAGGAUCUAGAGGGAGAGAGGAGGACGAAACCGCGCCGAAGUCGGUGAUAUGUGUCGCGCUGGCUCCCGGAGCCUCGAUGAGCUUGACCCCGCGAGCAUGAAGCACCCAUCGAGGUCAGCGGGUCUCGAGGUUGCUAUGGCGCUCUUCGGCAUGGUUUGGCUGCUGCGCGUCCGCUCUGAGAUGCGUCGUUGCUCGAAAUGUCGGCACGAGGAGAUGCUUGCCCAGCAGCAGCAUCAGCAGCAAGUGCAACUGCAGCAGCAGCAACAGCAGCAGCAGCACCAUCAUCAUCAUCACCAGCAUCACCAGCAGCAACGCACUCUGUCGCAGGCUACCAGUCUGCUGCAGACGAUGUCUGACGAUGGCGUCAGUUCAUCCGCCAACACCCUGUUUACGCUGGACACUCCAGGAGCGGCUGGCCCGGCCGCAAGUUACUGCGAAGUGCACGGAUACGUUCAGGCGAAAGAAGAUAUCCAGGAGUUUUACGAGCUGACGCUGCUCGACGAGUCGAAGUCGGUGCAGCAGAAGACGGCGGAGACGAUCCGCAUCGCGGACAAAUGGGAAGCCAGCGAUGGACCCAUCACGCCGACCUUCGCCCAGAACGACGUACCGCGCACGCGAGUACCGGCAAAAGUGGAUUAUACCGAUGGUCCAGCCUCCGCCUUGCCGUUGACCGAGAUUCUGGCGGAUAUUUAUGAUCGCAAAUCGGCUAGUCCUGAUGUUCCAGAUCUCGAUGCAGACGAAGCCCAGAAAACAAGAUAUGAUAACGUGGGGGUGGAGGAACAGUUGCCACCACCGCCGUCGCCACCCCAACCCCUGAAAGAGGCGGCGCAGCUGGACGGUGUUUCCAGACCGAAUUCGGUCGACCGUGUCCUUCAUCCUGAUGGUACCCAGCCCAUCAGCCACGAGGCGCUCAACAAGGUAAGUCGCAUGUCUCCCUUCGCGACUACCAUUGUGUUAUAUAGUCAUGACAGCUGGCAAGGCCACGACAGCGACCAGGCACACACUCCUCUCCUCGCGGCCGACACGAGACACGUGAACGGUGAUGAUGACUGGGAGUACGAGGAGAUCGGUUUGGAGCGGGGCGGAGCGGGGCUGGGCUUCAGCAUCGCCGGCGGCACGGACAAUCCGCACUACGGCAAUGACACCGCCAUUUACAUCACCAAGCUCAUACCGGGCGGUGCGGCAUCCGCGGACGGCCGGCUGCGUGUCAACGACACGAUACUGCAGGUGAACGACGUGUCCGUUGUCGACGUACCGCAUGCGGCCGCCGUAGACGCGCUCAAACGGGCCGGCAACACCGUCAAACUGUACGUACGCCGACGGAGGCACACGCAGCUGAUGGAGAUCGAGCUGAUCAAAGGUAACAAGGGCCUCGGCUUCAGCAUCGCCGGCGGUAUUGGCAAUCAGCAUAUACCGGGUGACAAUGGGAUCUACGUGACCAAAAUCAUGGACGGCGGGGCUGCCCAAGUGGACGGUCGUCUCGUCGUCGGUGACAAAUUGGUGGCAGUCAGGAACGCUCUGCAGGGCGAUAAGAAUCUGGAGAACGUGACACACGAAGAGGCAGUGGCGACUCUGAAGGCGACCCAAGAUCGCGUCGUGCUUCUAGUUGCCAAGCCGGAAUCUGGAAUCAUACCCCCACCUCCGCCCCCAAUAGCGACGGACAACUCUUUGUCGCCUCAGCCACGUAAGCAAAACGGGUCCGUUUCAGCGCUGGAGAACAACACCGCGACGUUACCGUACUCGCAGGAGUCACGUCAUGCUUCUUCCCUCGCCUUGCACGGCACCGGAACACCGCGGGCCGUUUCCCAGGAGGACGUAUCACGAGAAGUGCGCACCGUUGUGUUGAAUAAAGGAUCCUCCGGCCUGGGUUUCAACAUCGUCGGCGGUGAAGAUGGCGAAGGCAUCUUCAUCUCGUUCAUUCUAGCCGGUGGUCCGGCCGAUCUCAGUGGGGAAUUACGCAGGGGCGAUCAGAUACUCAGUGUUAAUGGCAUCAAUCUACGAACAGCCACCCAUGAGGAGGCUGCCGCCGCCCUCAAGGGUACCGGUCAGACAGUGACAAUCGUGGUGCAAUACAAGCCCGAGGACUACAACAGAUUCGAGGCGAAAAUCCAGGAUCUCAAACAACAGAUCUCGCAACAGAAUGUGAUGACAGGCACCCUCAUGAGGACCUCCCAGAAGAAGUCACUCUACGUGAGAGCGUUGUUCGAUUACGACCCCAAUAAGGACGAUGGUCUACCCAGCCGCGGCCUGGCAUUCCGUUAUGGCGAAAUCUUGCACGUGACGAAUGCCAGCGACGACGAAUGGUGGCAGGCGAGAAGAGUCACCCCCCAGGGUGAGGAGGAAGGUCUGGGCAUAAUUCCCUCGCGUAGGCGAUGGGAGCGCAAGCAGCGUGCCAGAGAUCGUUCCGUCAAAUUCCAGGGACACAUGCCGGUCAUUCUCGAUAAGCAAUCGACGUUGGAUCGGAAGAAGAAGAACUUCUCGUUUAGCAGAAAGUUCCCGUUUAUGAAGAGCAAGGACGACAAGUCCGAGGAUGGCUCCGAUCAGGAACGAACGCCCACGACACCCGAGAAUGAGAACGGUCCCACCCCAUUCAUGCUGUGCUACACCCAGGACGACACUAACACUGAAGGCAGCGAAGAGAACGUGCUCUCGUAUGAGGCUGUGCAACAGCUGACGAUACAGUAUACGCGUCCAGUGAUCGUUCUUGGACCGCUCAAGGAUCGCAUCAACGACGACAUCAUCUCCGAGUUUCCCGACAAGUUCGGCAGCUGCGUACCACAUACAACUAGGAGUAGAAGAGAAUACGAGAUAGAUGGGCGGGAUUAUCACUUUGUGGCAUCGAGAGAGCAGAUGGAGAGAGACAUACAGAAUCACUUGUUCAUAGAGGCCGGGCAGUAUAACGACAAUCUUUACGGGACAUCUGUUGCGUCUGUGCGGGAAGUAGCUGAGAAGGGCAAGCACUGUAUUCUUGACGUGAGCGGAAAUGCUAUCAAGAGGUUACAGGUAGCGCAACUCUACCCCAUUGCCAUCUUUAUCAAACCGAAAUCAGUCGAGUCCGUCAUGGAAAUGAACAAGAGGAUGACUGAGGAGCAAGCGAAGAAGACGUAUGAGCGCGCCUUGAAGAUGGAGCAGGAAUUCGGUGAAUACUUUACUGCCGUUGUCCAAGGAGACACUCCCGAGGAGAUCUACGUGAAGGUGAAGGAGGUCAUCUCCGAGCAGUCAGGACCGAACAUCUGGGUCCCCUGCAGGGACCAGCAACUGUGACGUCCUGCCCCCCACGCUCAGCACGGGCCCAACGCUUGGACCCUGCCGCCAAGGCGUCAAGCUUAAUUAUUCACAAUAAGUACGAUUAAGUAACGCUCUAACGCCCUUUCCCGUCCCUCCCACCCUUCCCGCUUCCCUUCUUUCCUCUCACCCUCCCUCUCUCUCAUAUUUCAUCAAUCACCUAUGUAGCACAAGGUCCCUACUUAAAGCGCUCAAUGCGGCGUAAACCGCCGCAGGGGAUUUGAGCCGAGAGAAUAAAUACUUAAACGGCGAGAUAGACGAUACGACCGACCACUCUCCCGCGGAGAAUCGAUAGACCCGAUAAAUCGAUCGCGACGCAUGAUUUAUUCUCCUACAAGUUCGAAAUAUACCGGAAGAUCGUCGAGGGGAACCGCCGAGGGAAAGGGAGGAGCCGGGCAUACGCAUGCAUGCUCAUCACGCUGACUCUUUAUCGCGGCCGAUUUGUCUCUCCGUUGAGAGAGGAGAGAUAGAAGGAGAAGAGAGCGACGGAAAGACAAAUCCGUAACUUUUGAUCGUCGAUUAUAUUCGUGUGUGAUCGUCUCUAAUUUUAUGAAUUUACCUCGCGGAACUCGCUAGAGGUCGCACAAUCGAGGAAGUCGCAGGGUGGCGUCAGCCAGGACCGAAUUUAAGACACUAGGCGACUCGUAGGGGUGUCUUCGGAUUGUGAGGGGGAGGACUCGGCCAGAGCUGCCGAGAACAGCGAAGCGACACGCUUGUUCAGUCGUACUCGAGCGCGGUAUUUUUUAAUGUACUUAAGCGCAAUUAGCGCGCCGGGGAGGCGUCGGGCUCGCUCGACGGUUCCCGGCGGAAGAGGAGAAACGCGGCUAGAGGAGAGAGAAAAUCGUAGCCCCAGCGAAGUUGUGUAUGUGUUUAACGAACCUCACGAUUAAAGGAAAAAUAUUAAAAAAGAAAAAAGCAGAAAAAAAGAGAAAAGAAAACCUCACAGGACAAAUCUUUAGAUGCUAGACACACAUAGCGAUAUAUAAUGUUUUGUACAGCUAGAUGACUAAGCCAAUCACACUGGGUUAUGUGCAACAUUAUAUUUGCGAAUGGCCGAGCGGAGGGGAAGCAAAAAAAAGAGAGAGAGAUGAAGAGAAGGAGCAAAAAAACACUAUUGUAAUUUAAAUAUCACUACUAAAUUAUUACUAUAUGAUAGUAGGUAUGUAUUAUUGUAAAUACAUAUUGUACUCGCGUGUGUGUAUCGAGAUGGAGAGACGUAGCGGAGACGGAGACACGGACCGGAGGAAGAGAAAACGUGGAGAACGGGAAGAAAGCCUCGGCAAGUUUUUUUCUCGCAUGGUUACUUGCACGGCAACCGUUAUACUUGUACGAUUGUCGUACAAGUGUCACUCAACGUACUCGCGAGCUGACGGAUCUUCAUGCUGAUCGGUCGCGUUCCCGUAGAAAGCUUCGGCGUGAAUGUAGGCUGUUCGCUGUGUGUAUGUGGGUGUGUGCCGCUCCUUCGUAUUUUAACGUAUAUUUUUUUUCGGCACCGGAUCAGCAGCCGCCGCUGAUCACACGUGAGAUCCAGCUUUCGCACGAGUUCUCAGUUCUGCGAAAGAGUGCAAUUGUGCGAGAGGAGGAAAGAGAGGAUAGGAGAGAUCGAUGAUCGCACGAUGAUGUACUUACGGUAUCGCGUACACGGGGAAGUCGCGAAAGAGCGAGCGGACGAAUCGAGCCUGCUGGGACACCGAAAACCGAUUUCCCAAGAACGCAAGCGUAAAUUUUCCAUCACGAAUUCGAGCGAAGAUCCUGAUAAAUCUCUCGUUUGAUCUUGAUUCGGAUUGCGCGCAAUCACGCGCGCUUCGUCGGCGCCGCUUCGUCCGCUCGCUCGUUCCGUUCACGCGGCGCGGGGGGGGGGGGGGGGACGAGAUGAGACGGAUCUUCCCGUAGUGGAACGCAAGCGGAGAAUCGAAUUGUUUGCGACGCGAGAUGUCAUUACGACAGUGUAAUUGUAAUAUAGCUGGUAUUUUCGCGACACGUGAGUCGCGAGCACACGGAGACGAUGACGACAAUGAUAAUGAUGAUGGUGACGAUAACGAUGAUGACAUGGCCAGGAAACGCGUGCCAGGGUCCGCGAGGCACCCGACACUCACGCGAUGGUCGCUUCUGUCGCCCAGAAUAGAGCCGAACGUUUCUUUUUUUCCUUAAUUUGUAGUAACGUUCACUCGCGGGGAAACGAUAAUCUCGCGCGUAGCUCGCGCUCAUGAGCUAUUUUUUUCCUAUCGCGAGUUUUAGAUUAAUAUUAUCAAUUAAGCGCGUAUUAUGCGAGAUGGAACGAGGUACGAAGCGACGAGCUUCGGCUUGUGCCUGAAGGACAGAGGGCCUGGCUUCGCCGAGUUGAAGGAUGUCUGUCUCGGUGUAAAAGAUCGUAUAUAAAGAGAAUAAUUACCGCAGACACCUAUUAUACACCUCUAUAGUCUAUUUAAUAAUAUUACUUAUUGAAUUGUCAAUCUCAUGUUCACCUUGUUUCAUCGUUUUUAAAUAGUUAAUAAACGUUUUACCAAUUUUA